AUGACAUCUUUCGUCUUCGUGACUGGAAAUGCUAAUAAGCUUAAGGAAGUCAAAGCUAUCUUGGCUGCUGGAGAUGGCUCAAUACAAGUGACUUCUAAAGCGGUUGAUGUCCCAGAAGUUCAAGGUACAACACAAGAAGUAGCUAUUGCCAAAGUGAAAGCAGCUGCUGAAGAGCUCGGAACAGCGUGCGUUACUGAAGAUACGGCACUGUGUUUCGAAGCACUUGGCGGAUUACCUGGACCAUACAUAAAAGAUUUCUUAGCUAAGCUGGGUCAUGAAGGAUUAAACACACUCCUCGAAGGGUUCCCAAGUACAAAAGCGACUGCUUUAUGUACAUUUGCGUAUUCGUCUGGACCUGGAUCUGAACCGAUUUUAUUCGAAGGUAGAACAGAAGGUAAUAUCGUACCAGCUAAAGGCCCAGGUCAUUUCGGUUGGGAUCCAAUAUUCGCUCCCAUCGAAGGUGAAGGAUUGACUUAUGCGGAAAUGGACGGCGUAGCCAAGAACAAAAUAUCACAUAGAUAUAGAGCUUUGGAAAAACUUAGGAUUUAUCUAAGUGAGAAGGCUGAGAAACAGACGGAGAGUAAGUGGAAAGGUCUGAUGGGGUAG